GGAAACGAUCAGCAAAAAACAAUCACGAAUACUUCUUUACCAGCGGAGGAUCUUGACGAUUCUGAUGAAAUUGAGCUUACUAAAAAUCAAAAUAUAGAAUUAGAUUUAAUACAAGAUUUACGGAAUAGUAUGCUUAUUGUUACACCUGAUCCUAUAGAAACACCUCCCGAAGAUAUCGUGGAUAAUGGGCAGAGCCCAGACUCUUUGAGUCAUGAAAAAUCAUCAUCUAGCCACUCU